UGACGUAAGCCUUUACUAGAUAACUUGGGUAGAUGGGCGCUGUACCAUCCAGGACUUUGUAUGCUAGUGCUAGCGAUUUGAAUUUGACGGGUGCAGCUAGCAGUAGCCAGUGGAGCUCAGUGAGCAGAGCGGUGACGUGUGCUCUUUUAGGCUGAUUGAAGACCAGACGCGCCGCUGCAAUCUGGACCAUCUGAAGAGGUCUCACAGUCCAGGCUGGAGGUCCAGUUAGAAGGACAUUGCAGUAGCCGAGGCGGGAGAUGACAGUAGAUUGGACCAGGAGCUGGGUGUGUUAGGUACGGUCUGAUCUUUCAGAUGUUAUACAGCGUGAAGCUGGCCAUCAAUCACAUCACCAAGGAAGGAGCCAGAGAGAGGGACUCAUGUUGGACUGAGAUACCGUGCCGUAUGGAUGGUUUCGCUGGGUUGACACAGCAGAAGAUUGUCUGAUCUAAGAUACACUGAAAUACAUCAGUUUGUAUGCUGAUGACACCAUUUUGAAUGCUGACUUGACCUCUUUACAGCACAGCUUUAACACACCUGCUCUAUUCCGCACCUGUUUAAAGACGACCUAAACAAGACUCAUGAGUCAUCCCAACAUCUUCUUGGAUGGUUCAGCUGUACAACUUGUCAGCUCCCAGAAGUUUUCGGGUCACUUUCCUUUGAUGCGUAUUCACGGAAUACUUUUCAAAGUCAGGAAGAGUUUGGUGUAGAGCAGCGGGACAUUACUCCUUCUGCAUGCACACGGUUCCAGAACAGGACCAGGACUUAACCCCUCCUCUUCCCACAGGUGAGGCUGUCCACUUGGCACGGGACUUCGGCUACGUCUGUGAGACGGAGUUCCCAGCCAGAGCCACAGCGGAAUUUCUGUGUCGGCAGAGUGAUCCGGAUCAGCUGCCGACCCGACGCAGCAUGCUGCUGGCCACGAAGGAGGUCUGUAAGGAGUUCAUGGACCUGAUGUCCCAGGACCGCUCCCCCCUGGGUGGAAGCCGACCCACCCCCUGCCUGGAGCCGGGGAUCCAGGGCAGUCUGACCCACUUCAGCCUGCUGACCCACGGGUUCGGAACCCCCGCCGUCUGUGCGGCGCUCUCCGCCUUCCAGAGCUACCUGAUGGAGGCCAUCAAGCUGCUGGACAAAGGAGACGGAGGGAAGGGUCCCCGUGACAAGGAGCUCAAGCACCGCAAGUAGGGGGACGGGACCCCCCCCCCCCCAUACACCUUUAUGCUGAGGGCUCAGAUUCUGACCUCCCAGAGGCCCCGCCUCCUCAGAGAGAGGAGGGGUGUAAUGACUAAACCUGCACGCUUGGAACACCUGACCAUAACGCAUGGACCGGUCUCCUCCUCUGGAUGAGGCUUUUUGUUUCUACACACACACGAGCGCGCGCGCACACACAUACACGAGCGCGCACACACACACACACACACACACACACACACACACACACACACACACACGUACACACACACGCGGGAAGCAUCUGAAGCCAUUCGGGACAUCUGCUCAGCUGGACCUUUAGGACACCUGGACUGUGGGCGGGGCACUCACCUCCAUCAGUAGUUAUGAGCAGCAGGUGUUCAUGGGAAAUGGAGUUUUAUUUUACUGUUGGAAACAGAAAAAUCAUUUUGUACCUUCGGUGUUGUUUUUAUUGUUGUUGUUGUUGUUUACUACAUAAAUGUAAUAUAUUAAAGAACCAAUAGCUGAUGGUUUGUAUUCAAA